AUGUUCCCGUCCAUUAUUUUAACCGUUAUCUUAUACUGCGUAUUAUUUUCAACAACAAAUUCAACAAAAUCAGUCGUUAUUGAAGUUAAUGGAGAUUGCGAGGUCAUUGGUAAACAAGUUGCACAUGAGCAUGGUUAUCGAUACGUUCGAAAAAUUUUCGAUGGCUUUUGCGAGAUAGAAGAAGAUCCAGCAUCUGUUAGACAUCGACGAUUUCGACGUGCUAUUCAGCAAGGAAUUGAUCCUGCCGAUAUUCUUUCACAGCAUGAAAAUGUACACUGGGCAGAGAGUCAAAUAGCAAAAGUACGGCGAAAACGUGAAUUUGUUUUUAAUGACCCUCAAUGGAAUUCAAUGUGGUAUUUGAUGCGACAUUCUCAAACACCAAAUUUGCCCGAUUUGAAUGUCACAGGAGCGUGGGCAAUGGGCUAUACAGGUCGUGGACGAGUAGUCACCUUCCUAGACGAUGGAUUAGAAUUUGAUCAUCCAGAUCUACAAGAGAACUAUGAUAAAGAUGCUAGUACGGAUAUAAAUGGAAAUGAUGAUGAUCCAACUCCACGUUACGAAGCAACAAAUGAAAACAAGCACGGAACUCGAUGUGCUGGAGAGGUAGCUGCUAAAGUUAACAAUAAUAUCUGCGGAGUAGGCAUCGCUUAUCAUGCUCGAGUGGGUGGCAUUCGAAUGUUGGAUGGAGAUGUCACAGAUAGUGUUGAAGCACGAUCAUUAAGCCAUCGACCUGAUCAUGUAGAUAUAUAUUCGGCUAGUUGGGGACCUGACGAUAAUGGUCUUGUCGUUGAUGGACCCGGUCGUUUGGCAAAGAAAGCAUUCGAAGAUGGCGCUUUAAAUGGACGCGCCGGUAAAGGAUCUAUCUUUGUUUGGGCUAGUGGUAACGGUGGUCGUCAAUCCGAUUCAUGUGCUUGUGAUGGUUAUAUUACAUCAAUCUAUACCAUUGCCAUCAGUGCUACAACAGAACGUGGCGAUAAGCCUUGGUACCUCGAAGAAUGUUCAGCAACUCUUGCAUCUGCCUAUAGCAGUGGCCAGUCUAACAAUGGGGAACGCGAUAUUUAUACUACUGAUUUAAAUCAUGCCUGUACGAGUCAUCACACAGGUACAUCAGCUGCCGCGCCAUUAGCUGCUGCUAUUUAUGCUCUUGUGCUCGAAGCUAAUUCUGAUUUAACUUGGCGUGACAUAAUGCAUAUAACUGUGCUUGGUUCUCGACCAUAUGCUAUCCCUUCGAAUACAAAUCUUGUUCAAAAUGCCGCUGGAUUCAAUGUUAGUAAUCGAUUUGGUUUUGGUUUAAUGGAUGCUGGUUUAAUGACUUGGUAUGCUACCGGCUGGAAGAAUGUUCCACCAAUGUCAACUUGUGGAUCAGCAACAAGCGAUCCUCAAAGAACCAUAUCAGCUCGAUCAAAUGAAAUAUUUCAUUUGAACGUUUUGGAAUGCAAGGAUGAGAGUGAUCCGAGACAUGAAGUGAAUUAUAUCGAACAAGUGCAAAUAUAUGUUACUCUAAAUACGGAGAGACGAGGAGAAAUUGAAAUCUAUCUUUAUUCACCAUCAAAUACACGAACUCAGAUCUUACCAAAACGAGAUCGUGAUCAAAGUAAUAAAGGUUUUCAAGAUUGGCCUUUUCUGACCGUACAAUUAUGGGGUGAGGUUCCACAUGGCCUUUGGAAACUUCAAAUAGUUAAUACGGGUAGUGGAUCAGCAACACUAUUGUCUUGGAAAUUAGUCAUUCAUGGCACUCGCGAAUAUCCAAUAUCAUCUCGGGCGAACUCUCGGCCGAGUUCAAAUGAACCUGAUCGAACUAGUAAAGCCGCACGAAAAGCCAAAGAGUGUCAUAUGGAAUGUAAACCAGACGAACCAUGUGGCAAUACGGAUACAAAAUGCACGGCAUGUAGACACUUCAAGCAACCAUUAGCGGAUGGGAGAUUUCGGUGCGUGGGAAUUUGCCCUGAAGCCACGUACGCAGUCGAUGAAGAUAAAACAUGUUUACCGUGUCAUUCGAGAUGUGGCUCAUGCCGAAAUGCAAGUGAAAACAGCUGUAUUAGCUGUAAAUCGGACCUAUUUCUUAUACAUGAUGUAAUGACUUGUGCAGAAUCUUGUCCAGAACAGUAUUUUACUGAUCGUCAUCUUCGAAAAUGUAUUCGCUGUAAAAGCGACUGUGCAUCGUGUGAUACAGGCUCGCAAAUAUGUUCAUCUUGUCCGGAUGGUUAUGCCCUUAAAAAUACAGACUGUGUUAAGUCAGCACGAAAAUGUGAAAACAACGAAUAUUACGAUUUCACAGGAAACAAUUGCCGGUGGUGCGAUUCAAGAUGUUUAACUUGUAGUGGAGCACGAUCAGAUCAAUGUAAAUCCUGUGAUAAUACUAGCAAAUAUCCAUAUCUUCAAUAUCAUGCAUGUGUUGCUUCUUGUUCACCUGGUUUCUUUCUCUCAAAAUCCACACUCCAAUGUCUUCCUUGCCAUGAUAGUUGCCUCAACUGCACAUCAUCGAGUGAAUUAGCAUGCACAUCAUGCAAAAUUGGUUACGUUUUCCUUGCCGACGAGCAUCGUUGCGAAAAGCAUAUCGGUAAACCAUUUUAUCUGGAUACAAAAACCGGUGAAACACAUACAUGCCACGCUUCGUGUGCACAAUGUAAAGGACCUAAGCCGAGUGAUUGUAUCGCCUGUAAUCCUAAAGCUGAAAUUCUUCUUGAUGAUGGACAUUGUGUUAAUGAAUGUCCAGUGGGCUAUUAUAAACAUGAAAAACAAACGAUCGAAUAUCAAACGAACACGUGUUUGCCUUGUUCAAUUGGGUGUACAAAGUGUUUGGAUAUAAAUGACUGUCGUCGAUGCGAUGAAUCAAAAGGAUAUAAAUUAAUCAAUGGGGCUUGUGUACCAACAUGUCAACCGAGAACAUUCUUAUCGAACAAUCAGUGUGAUGUAUGUCAAACGCCAUGUCUGACGUGUUCGAAUUCAACAAGCUGUUUGACGUGUAAAGAUAAUUUACUUUUAAUGAAUGACCAAUGUGUUGAAGAAUGUCCGAAAGGAUAUUAUCAAUACGAUCAAAGAUGUUUACAAUGCCAUUCAAUAUGUAAAACUUGUAAAGGACCAAGUGAGGACGAUUGUAAAACAUGCGCAGAUGGUUUUACAUUUAAUGAAAAAGAAAGGAAAUGUUUGAGUUUAUGCUCAAAUGGAAAUUAUUUCGAUAAGAACACAAAUGAAUGCAAAAUAUGUACAGACAAUUGUCUGGAAUGUCUUUAUCCCGGUUCCUAUUGUCGUCAAUGUGUUUUUCCUAUGUCAUUGGACACAGUUACACAUCGCUGUUUAAAUUGUUGUCCAUCUAAUAAAACUACAAAUGACUGUUGUCAAUGUCCAUUGUCUUGGGACGGUUUUUGUCUUCAUCCACUUGUCACUCCAGUAACGCGUGGAAAUACUUGGUGGACAUAUUCGAUUGAUACAAUCCGUACUAGCUUCAAUCAGUUGAAUAAUUCACAUCAAACAAUUGUGAUUGUUGCAUUGGUUUUGCUUCUACUCGGUAUAAUCAUUUGUCUGGUGACAUGUGCCCUCUGUCAAAUGUUCACCUCGCGUUUGUCAUCAAACAAAGAACAUCACAAUGUUGAAUAUGUUAUGCUGAACAAUGUCGAUGAUGUUGACAACGAUGAUGAUGAUGAUGAUGACGAAGAAGAAGAAAAGAAACCAGCACCUGGCAAUGAUCAUAUAAAACACGGUCAAACAUCAGAAACAUCUAUUUCGAUCGACCAGACUUAA